UCCAUCUGGAUAUAUAUAUAUACCUUGCUAUUAUAUUUAAUUAUGUUUGGGAUUUGAUACGUGACUUUACAAUUGCUUGUGAACCUCAACAACUUAGAUGCGAAUGAGAGAGUAAAACACUUUCAUAACUUGAAGACUGAAUGAGGAUUUCCCCAGUUGCUUUCUCAUGAUAUUCUCAAUGAUUCAUUAAAUGGUUAUCUUCUUGAUGACACUUGUGUUUUUGGGGUGGAAGUUCUUUUUAUAAAAGGUAUUUGUAAAGGGGAGAGUUUGUCGAUGAUAAUUGAACCUCACCGUAAUUAUUUCACUUGGAAGAUUGACAACUAUACGGCCUUGAAAGAUGCGGAUUAUUACUCUGAGCAAUUCACUGUUGAAGGGCGAAGAUGGAAAUUGAACCUCGAGUCGAAGGGAGGAGGAACUGGAGCCGACACAUUCUUGUCUCUCUACCUUAUGUUAGAUGAUUUAGAAAGUCUUGUUCCUAAAAGAAAAGUGUACGCAAAAUACAAGCUGCGUAUAAGGGACCAAAUCAAUAGCAAACAUCUUGAAAAGAUAGUUGAGUAUUGGUUCUGUGAUCCCGACGGCUGCGGUUAUGGUUUUGCCAAAUUUUUGGCACUGAAAGAUCUCAUGAACACAUCAAAAGGCUACUUGGUGGAUGGUGGUUUGUUCAUUGAAUGCAAAAUUGAGGUCAUAUCCGUAGUUAAGGAUUUCUCAAAUUAAUGUUAGGAUUUAUCCGGAGAGACAUAUAUUUGUUUGUUAAUGUUUUUAGAUAAUACUUUUGUUUUGUUUUGUUUUUUUUUUUGUUUUGAAAAAGUGUUAUGAUGUAAAGAUGUAACUUUUAAGUAUUUUUUUUGUUUUGAGACAUAAA